AGGAGGGGAACCAAAGGCUGAAAGCAGAAGCAGAGGCAAUGGCGACAUGCAGUCUGGAUGGGGAAUGCUGGGAAUGGGCAAAAGCUUACUUAGACGACUGCAUUUGCAGCAGGAGAGACCAGGUUUCGUUUGGUUUGGGGUUGGUCAGUGUACUAAGUUGGGGUGUGGCUGAAAUCCCUCAGAUUAUCACCAACUAUAAGGAGAAAUCCGUCGAAGGCCUCUCUCUCAGUUUCUUGAUUACUUGGAUUAUUGGUGACCUUUUCAAUCUCUUCGGUUGUAUUCUUGAGCCGGCUACUCUUCCAACGCAGUACUAUAUGGCAGUUUUGUAUACAAUGACUACUUUAAUUCUUGCGGCACAGACUGUAUACUAUGGUCACAUUUAUCCUGAAGUGUGCAACAAGGAUUCGAAAGAGUACCGAUCCGAGGGAGAGAAAAAGAUUGAAAAAAACAAUAGCUAUUUUCGUGUGAAACCAGUUACUGAUCCUGACAAAUUAAGUUCUCCUAUUCCCCUUCCAAAGAAUUCUACUGGCGGAGAGUUAUUUUACAGGUCAGCAAGAUCUCUAUCAAGUAGUCAUACUCCCACAGCAGGAUCCCUCCUUGCACAAAGAAUGACUCCUCCUUUUCAUUCAGGAAAUUUAGUUCAAGAGCCAUUGCUCGGUGCAUAUGUUGCUACGCAAUCUACCUCUCAGAACCGGGAAUCCAUAUCAACUUCAAGCUCCAAAUCAUUGUUAUGCUUGGUGUCUGCAUUAAUGUUCAUUGGCUUAUUUAAUUUAAAGCUUUCAGCCGAUAGUAAAUUUCUCAUAGGGAAUGAGAAAAUAAAUCAAGGAUUUGUGAUACAAAUAGGAAGAAAGCUUCUCCAGGCGAAUACCGUGUCAAUAGGAGAGAGCUGUUCUGAAGGAGGUAGCAGGGUUGGAACUUUUCUUGGUUGGGCAAUGGCAUUUAUUUACAUGGGUGGACGUGUUCCCCAAAUUUACUUAAAUAUUAGAAGAGGCAACGUGGAGGGACUUAGCCCUUUUAUGUUUAUCUUUGCUUUGGUUGGGAACUCUACAUAUGUUGCAAGCAUACUUGUAAGAAGCAUGGAUUGGUCAAGAAUACAACCAAACUUACCAUGGUUGGUGGAUGCUGGAGGAUGUGUGCUGCUUGAUACUUUUAUAGUAAUUCAGUUUAUAUACUUCUAUAAGCAAACCAGCGAAGAUGCCGAGGUCAAGCAUGAAAAGCAAUGGGAGAAUGGGUUUUGUUGAAGGUUCUGAAUAUGCGGUGACCGAGGGAGUUCGAAUUGUGAUUUUUGAGGCAUGCAUCAGCCGAGUAUGUUGAUGACUUGCCUUGUCUGGUUAAACAGCGGAAAGAUCUUUGACUUAUUAGUAAGUGAAGUCGGAUUAUACAAUA